AUGCAAGAAUCGCUUCAAUUAUUCCGUCAAGUAAUCAACAACUACUUUGUGAAUACCUCUGUUAUACUCUUCCUUAACAAGAAAGAUCUUUUCGAAAAGAAAAUAGGACAUGGGAAGUCGUUACGGAUCGCAUUUCCCAACUACAAAGGAGGAGAAAACUACGACGAAGCUUCGAAAUACAUUGAGGCACAAUUCAUGGCCGCGAACGAAAAUCGUGAAAAGUCUAUCUACACCCACCUCACCUGCGCCACCGACACUCAACAAGUGCAAUUCGUUCUUGAUAGCGUCUUGGACACGAUACUGUCGUCGAAACGUAAAGGAUGUGGGCUUUAUAAGUAA